ACAAUCCAGAACCCAACACCCAACCGCAAUCCGUGAGAUCCACAGCGAUCCACUGCCAGCAUGAACCACUACGCAAUGAUGGCCGUCUGCCUGAUGGCCGCCCUGGGGGCCAUCCUGCUCGAGGCGCAGGCCAGUCCCAGUCCCAAUCCCAAUCCCGCUGUGGCCACUCCACCGCUGAGUGCCAGCCAGCUGGGCGGACUCUCCGCGCAGUUCCUGCCGGCGGAAUAUCGCAACACAAACAUCAGCGUGGAGGACGUCAAGCGGAUGUACCGGGAGAAGUGCAAGAAGGUGACGGGCGCGGACAAUGCGACCUUCUACCAGGAGAUCGAGAAGGCGGCGGCCAAGAUGAGCGCCUGCAUCAGCGGCGUGGCCAAUCUGACCGCCCUGCAGGCGGAAAUGGAGGAGGCAAAGCCGCUGGGCGAGCUGGACACCGUCUUCCACAAGUACUGCAAGCGGGCGCCCGAGGCGGAGGCCUGCGUCAAGGAGUUCAACGAGAAGAUGCAGGUGUGCCUCACCAGCGAGGAGAAGCGCCACCAGGAGACGAUAGCUCGCAUUGGAGCAUCCCUGCUGGGCUUUGCGUGCUCGCGUGGCGGCGAUCAGAUCGCCCUGUUUGUGGCCGAAAAGGGGCCGGAGUGCCUGGAGGCCAACAAGGAGGCCAUUAGCAGCUGUCUGAAUCGCUCCUUCCACCAGUACAUACCCAAGGACGGCCCGGCGGCCCUGCCCGACCUCAUGAGCCGCCCCGAGCUGCUCUUCUCGCCCACCCACUGCGUCGAUCUGCAGGGCUUCGAGGCCUGCGUCAUGCACCACCUGGAGCAGUGCUCCGAGAUCACACCCGCCAAUGUCGUGCAGUCCAUCUUCCGCUUCGUGAAGAACGAGACCGACUGCCAGGCGUACAUGGAGGCCCGCGCCAAUGAGCGGCCCGUUCUGCUCGCCGCCCGCAGCAACAGCACUGGCGGCGGUGCCGCCGAUCUCUCCACCAGCACCAGCACCACGCUGCUUGGCUCCCUGGUCCUGGGCUUCACCGCCCUGCUGCUACGCCACUGAGGCGUCCAUACCCCCCAGCCCAGCCGCAAGCCAUAUCCUAUCCGCGCGGGGCAACCGACAAAGAAAUCUUUUAUGGUAUUUCGGCAAACUUCAACGUCAGCCGCUGCCAAGUCGUUUAUUUGCCGUUGUAGUUGUUACUGUUUGGUCAGUCAGCGAUAGCGAUAGCGAUACCGAUAACGGGUGGCCAGAUAUGGGUUACCCUGUUCCCCGUGUUCCCCGUGUACCCCGUGU